ACCAAUCAACAGAGACCAGUAACACUUCCACCUGGACCAUCCCCACUGCCAAUAAUCGGAAAUAUUCUUCAUUUAGGUGAUGGUAAACAUACUGUGGACGUAUUCCGUUCUCUACGAAAGAAAUAUGGGGACAUUUUUAGUCUAUCUCUUGGACCGUACUGGGUAGUAGUGGUUAAUGGAAAGGAUUGUCUUAAAGAAAUAUUUGUAAAGAAUGGAGAAUUUACUUCCGAUAGGCCACCACUUUACGUCAUGAAUUUGUUUCAGAAUAAAGGGAUUGUAAGCUCUAAUGGAGCAAACUGGAAGGCACAGAGAUCGUUUACCAUAUCCAAAUUACGAGAAUUCGGUUUUGGGAAAAGGAGUUUUGAAUCGAGCAUUAUUGAAGAAUUGAAACCAUUUUUAAAUUGGAUACAAAGUUAUAAUGGUCAACCAUUUGCUCUUGAGGGAAUUUUAAAUGCAAGCACAGUUAAUAGUUUAAUGCAAAUUGUUGUUGGAAAACGUUUCGAAUACAAUGAUGAAAAAUAUUGUGAGUUUUUAAAAGUUAUCAACGAGAUAGCAACAAGUCCUGCAUUAACAGGACCAGUUAAUUUUUUACCAUGGUUAGCAAAACUGCCAGGUGAUAUUUUGGGAAUAAAAGCUGAUACGGUAAAAUUUGAUAAGCAAAUCGAUUACUUUAGAAACGAAGUUGAGGAACACAAGAAAAGUUUUGAUCAAGACAAUAUCCGAGAUUUCAUAGAUGUGUACUUGAAAGAGAUGCAGAUUCAAGACCAAAACACACAUACUAUUUUUAAAGAAGACCAGCUAACUUGUAUAGUGAAUGAUUUAAUUAGCGCAGGAACCGAGACAACAGCGACAACGAUACGAUGGGCUAUUGUAUUGCUACUUAACAAUAGCACUGUUCAAAAUAAAAUGCGAAAAGAAAUAGACGUUGUUGUUGGUACUGGGCGAGUUCCAACACUUGCCGACAGACAUAAUAUGCCAUAUAGUGAGGCGGUCAUCCUUGAAUCUUUGAGGUUUGGUAAUAUCGGACCUCUGUCCUUCCCACAUCUUGUUACAGAAGAAAUUAUCUACAAAGAUUUGUAUGUCAUUCCAAAGGGUAGUGUCGUUUUACCAUGUUUGGACUCCGUUGCUUUUGAUGAAACGUGGUUCCCAGAGAGUAAUGUCUUCAAACCAGAACGCUUCAUAGAUGAGAAAGGAAAACUUUGUAAUCAAGACAAAAUUUCUACUUUUUCAUUAGGAAGACGUGUUUGUCCGGGAGAAGCUUUGGCUAAAAUGGAGCUUUUUCUAUAUAUAACAUCAAUGGUUCAUCGAUUUGAAUUUUUACCAGUGGAAGGGGAAGACCCACCCUCACUUGAAGGAACCAAGAGUUUAGCAAACAAUCCUCUGCCGUUCAAGUUCCGGGCGAUACCAAGAGAAUUAUAAAGUUCACUAAUAAUUUUUUAAUGUAAUUUGUUUGUUAAAAAGCAAAUGAAACAUAGGAUAUGCAGGAGGAGGAUUGAAAUUAAAGACUUCAUCAAUAGGCAACACGUAAUAUUAUAAAAUUAUCUUGUAAUAUAUUUUAUGGUUAAAAGAUUGUACAAGAACAAGUAUAACGUAAAUAAAUUGUAACCCGCCUCAUAACUGUAAAGUAUGAUUUCAAUAGAUACUUGCGGGAACUAGGUCUAUGCCUAGGAUUACACUUAAAGUAACGAUUACAGUUUAC